AUGGCACUUAAAGACGAGCACCCCCAUCUGUCUGCCAUCAGCGGCUUUGUUUCCCAAAUCGGCAACAAGAUCUCAGGCAUCUUCGGUAAGGACGACGACCAGCCCAACCACGACGGGACCAUCAUCACCAUUCAUGACCGAGACCAGCACAAUAUCGAUCCACUUCUCGAAGACCCAGAAGAAUGCGAGGACUGUAAUGUCGAAGCCGUCCAUCAAGAGUACGAACGCAUCCUUCCAGCCGCCCAAUUCAAGUGUGGCCCCGUCCUUCGUUACCAAGACAUCCAGGUCGAUCGUCGUCGGUGGGUUGGCUCUGCGCUGAUCGUCACCGAUAAAGAGGCUCAGCCCCCGCGUCUAGUCAUCAAGGACCCUACAAAGUCCCGCCUCGGCUACUCCCAGCCACGACACCUCGAGACUUGGCAGGAAAAUCGCUUCUACCGCUACGAGAUCCAACUGACCCUGAUGGCACAUCGGGAGAAGAGGAUUGAGUUCUGGUUCGAGACCGAGGAUGGCCAGCGUGCGGCAGAGCCUCAGAAGUGGAACUUUUAUAUUCCGGCGCUGGAAGAGGGCUUCAACUGGGCCUUCUAUUCCUGUAACGGAUUCACGUCCGAUGUCGAGGACCCAGAGAAGAACUUCCAUGGGGCUAAUCCUCUAUGGGACGAUUUGUUGGUCAAGCACGACCAAAGGCCCUUUCAUGCCAUGGUUGGAGGCGGCGAUCAGAUCUAUAACGAUGAUGUACUGGCAAUGCCCGAGAUGGCCGAGUGGUUGGCUAUGGACGAGGAGAACCGAAUCGGAACUGAAUUCACGAACGAUAAGAGGUACGCGGCCGAGAAAUACUACUUUGACCACUACGUCAAGCACUUUACCACGGGUUCCUACUCCAAGGCCUUGUCGUUGAUCCCCUCAGUGAACACCUGGGACGACCACGAUAUUAUUGAUGGCUACGGAUCUUAUCCCUCCAAGUACCAGCUCUGUCGUGUCAUGCAAGGAAUCGGCGCAGCCGCUUCACGCUUCUAUCUUCUCUUCCAGCAACACGCUAAUGCAAACACAACCACUCAGGCUGGUCUCCAAACCUCUGCCUCCGGCAAAGGUUGGAACUGUAUCACACACUUCGGCAAGCGAACCCUGGUCGUCCUGCCCGAUACCCGUUCAGAGCGAAGCAAGAGUAUGAUUCUUUCGAACGAGACCUAUAACCUGUUGGAGAGCGUGAUUAAGGAAAAAUUGCUGCCCACGACCAAGCAUGUGGUCAUUGUUCUGGGAACACCGUUGGUCUACCCAGCCCUGAAGCUGUUUGAAGAGGUACUGGAGAAGAUGGGAGACGCGUUGUCGAGGGGAAGCGUAAUUGGCAAGAUCUUUGGCAAGUGCAAGGCCUUUGGGAACGUUCUGGGACAGUUUGGUCCAGAGCUGUUGGAUGAUUUGGUCGAUUCAUGGGCCUGCACUGUCCAUACGGACGAAAAGAAGCGACUUGUUGAGAUGCUGCAAGCGAUUGCCGUUCAGCGGGGUGUUCGUGUCACCUUUGUUGGUGGAGAUGUCCAUGUGGGCGGAGCAGGUCGCUUGUUCGGUACCCAGAGCACUGAUCGAUUGAGCGAUCCCUACGACAUGGUUCAAGUCGUGUCCUCUGCCAUUGUCAACGGUCCACCACCUGGCGCCGUCGUUUCUGCACUCCACAACGCCUCGAAGACCUACAUCCUAAACGAAUACACCUCCGAAGAAAUGACCGAGAUCUUCCACCAGGAUGUCGAUGGCCAACCUCUCGACAACAAGAAACUAUUGAACCGUCGCAACUGGUGCACAGUCCGUGAGCUUGUCAACGAGGGCCAAUUGAAGUUCACCCUUCGUGUCGAGAACGUGGAUCAUGUUGGGACUAAACAGUACCCGAUCAUCGUAGAUAGCCUGCAACUUGCACCCCGCGAGGAGUAA